AUGUCGCCUGCUUGUUGUGAUCGAUUGCUUGUCGGCGAGAUGGUCCCCUUUCGACCGGCUUGUUUGGGGCUGACAGGGUCUGCGGUCAGCCCACCUGUCGUCUGGCCGGUGCGCCGUCUCGGUCGCCAGCCACCCACUGCGACCCGCCUGAUCCGGCCAUCUUGCCGUUCACUGACCAUGAGAUAUCGAGGUCUUGGGUUUACUGACAAGUCUGUCAUACGGCCAGUAUCAGAUACACGUUCACCUGUUUUCUCCUGUGUCUGUGUCUGUGUCUGUGUCUGUGUAUGGGCUCGUCUGUAUAUGUGCGUAUUUUCCGAAGGCAGUCGGAUGUCUGUCCGCUUCUAG